AUGGACGGCUUUGGCGAGGCGUUGUUGGGUACCUUGCUCUUGGCACGUUUGCCCUCACAGUCUCCUGAGGUGCUGUACUUCUGCCAAGAGAAAGAGGAGGAUGGCCUUGAUGUCCUGGAGGAGGACGAAGAGGAGUCACUGGAGCCAACCAGUCCUGCCUUCCUUCGGGCCAGAGGCCCGGAGUCGUUAGGGGCACCGCUGAUGUCUUCGGCAGAGGAUCUCAACAAGCAGGCGCUGCAGUUCUUCGGAGUACCGAGCAGCUCGCUGGCGAAGUUCGUCCUGCCCAUGUCCCAGGAGAUGAUGUGCAACCAAUGCGCCGUGAUGGAGCUGGAUGCGGGGCUCUUUGAAACCUCACACCGACACAACUACAAGGAGAAUCACGACCACUUGCUCUUCGUCUCCUACCCUUGCGGUUUCGCCAAGCUGCAAAACCGGAAGAUGGACGAAUGGCCCGAGCAACUGGAGUCCGGAAGCCUCGUUCAAUGCUUCAACAUCGUGCACGUCCUGGACUCCAAACUCGUGCGACGAUUGGAGCAACGCGUGCGCGUGCUCGGCGAGGCGACGGAGCAAGUCUCUGACCUUCUUUGUCGACACGAGGUGAACAAUGGCUACAUCUCUCGUGAGGUCCGACGUCUAAAGGAUGUGAUGCGGAUCAAGAGCCAGAGCCAAGCGAGUCUGCUGGAGGAGACCUCCACACCCACCAGUGAACAUCCGCUGGAGCUCUUGGUUCGAGAGCUGCACAACAACAUGAAGGUGGCCGGCUCACAGAAGAUCUUAGUGAACGGCGAAGAGCUGUAUCGCUACCAUGAGUUCAAGCAGGACGCUCCCUCCUUGCCCUCAGCAGUGCAGGGCAUCUCCCUUUCCCGCGCACGGGAGGAGAUCGAGUCGGAGCUGGGUCCCGACACGGAUGAAGUAGUUCGCACCCUGGUGCAGCACGCGGACGCCGCGUUGAGCUUCUCUGAGUUGCACCUCCGCACCGGGCUGGACAUGCACCACUUACAAGAGGCCGCACGGCACUUGGUGGUGCUGAAGAAGGCCAAAUUGGUGAACGUCUUUCGCGACGACAUCCGCGUGGCUUUGGCGCCCAACGUGGACACUUCCCGCGACUCGCUGGCGGCGCAGCACUUCCGGGAUUGGAGGAAGAAGCAUCCCACGCCUGAGAGCAAGGAUAAAAAAUCCAUGACCACGUUUACAGAAGCUUUGACGCUCUUUCACAAGGGCAAGCAGAUGAAGGAGAUCAAGAAUAGCUUCUCAACGGAGGAAGAGUUCAAGAUGAUCCUGGGCUACCUCGUGGCACAAGGCUUGGUGGUGCAACUCGGGCGCUUCUGCCACUUCUUACCCGGCCGUUCGCGUAGGUCAGCUGAAGUCCAGGUGGAGCUGGGCGCCCUUCCCGACACCUAUGUCUGGAAGGACGGCGUCUACAAUCCUUUGACACACUUGAAGGAGUCCGACUUCCUUCUUCUGGCCUCCCGCAGCCAGGAUACGGAGGAGUUACGCUUCUUCGUCCUCUUUGUGCUGGAAAUCGUCCGGCCACAUAGGCGCAUUGACAGCGUGGAUUUCCAAGAGCUCUUGCAACGGCUCAAUGGAGAAACCCAACCAGGCGAGAUCUCGUCCUGGCCAGCGGCCAGAGGCUUGGAGCUCUUGGCCGCCAAUACCGACAUUUUCGUGCAAUACAGCAGCCGCUGCUGA